UGUACAAACAUUUGGCGCUACAGUCUGUUGGUUCAGAGCGUAAAGAGAGGCCGCAGAAGCAUCAUCUUCACAACCGUAUGUAGGCAAGACGGCUUUGCCAACAUUGGUAUUCCUGGGCAAUGUCAGGGGCCCCAGAACAGACAAGGUCGGAGCGUCAUCUAAGAGACACUAGUCCUGGAACAAGUUUAAGCACAAGUAACACUGUUAAGAGAGUUCAGCCACUGAUAGAUUGGGAUCAGAUCCGGGCAGCAACUAUGGAGUGGGAACAAAGAAAAUGGGCAGAUUUACCUCCGAUUAAGAAAAACGUUUACAUAGAAUCCAAAGAGACAAGCUUGAUGUCCGCAGAUGAAGUAGAUAAAUGGAGAAAGGAAAAUUUCAAUGUAAUGUGUAAUGAUCUGACAAAAGGUAAAAAACGUCCAAUUCCUAAUCCAAUUUGUAAAUUUGAGUAUGCCUUCCAGGAGUAUUCUGAACUGAUGGAAAAUUUAACCAAGGCAGGUCUAAAAAAGCCAACACCAAUUCAGUCACAAGCAUGGCCAAUUAUUCUACAAGGAAUAGAUCUUAUAGGAGUUGCCCAAACUGGAACAGGCAAGACAUUGUCCUAUUUAAUGCCUGGUUUUAUUCAUCUCAUUUCGCAACCAGUAACUAAAGAGGAAAGGAAUGGACCUGGCAUGCUAAUCCUUACUCCAACUAGAGAAUUAGCUCUUCAGGUGAAAAGUGAAUGUUCUAAGUACGCAUAUAAUGAUCUUAAAAGUGUUUGUGUAUAUGGUGGUAAAAAUAGAAAGGAACAAAUACAAGAUGUGGCCAAAGGUGUAGAUAUCAUCAUUGCCACUCCUGGAAGAUUAAAUGAUCUGCAGAUGAACAACUUUAUCAGCUUAAGAAACAUAACUUUUGUAGUUAUAGAUGAAGCAGACAAAAUGUUGGAUCUGGGGUUCAAAUCCCAGAUAAUGAAGAUUCUGUCAGAUGUGCGUCCAGACCGUCAGACUGUUAUGACAAGCGCAACUUGGCCAGAUGCUGCCAAUCUACUUUCCAAAACUUAUUUGAAAGAGCCUAUGAUGGUUUAUGUUGGUACUCUGAAUCUAUCUGCCAUAAAUACAGUGAAGCAAAAUAUAAUUAUUACGACAGAAGAGAAAAAACGAGCUCAUAUUGAAGAAUUCUUAAAUAACAUGGCAUCUGAAGAUAAAGUCAUCAUAUUUGUUAGCAGAAAACUUGUUGCUGAUGACAUAUCAAGUGAUUUAGGCAUCCAGGGCAUACCUGUACAAAUAUUGCAUGGUAAUAGGGAGCAAGAAGAACGUGAACAGGCACUAGAAGAAUUUAAAACUGGAGCUGUGAAAAUAAUGAUUGCAACUGAUUUAGCAGCCCGAGGUCUCGAUGUUGCUGAUAUCACACACGUAUAUAAUUAUGAUUUCCCAUGGAAUGCUGAAGAAUAUGUACACAGAGUAGGACGUACUGGAAGAGCAGGGAAGAAUGGCACAUCAAUAACUCUCAUUACUAAAAAUGAUUUGAAGAUUGCCAAUGAACUGAUUAACAUUCUGAAGAGAACCAAUCAGAGUAUCCCAGAAGAACUUGUAACCAUGGCAGAAGAAUAUAAAUUUCUUGAACAAAACAGAGAUAAAGAAAAAAGAUCAGGACAAUCUCAAGGAAAAUGCAAGGAGUUUUAUUAAAGUUUGUGUUGAAACUUUGCAGCAAGAUACUGGAAGAUUAAAGGCAAAUUAAAGAUAGGUAAUACUCAAGAUACAUAGAAGUACUGCAAACAUUGUGC